AUGUCGUCAGAAUCGAAGGAGAGAGACGAAGUGGGACAUCCAAAUCUUCACCGAUGUACGUUGUUGUUGUGGAGUUCUGAAUCUCCGACGAUGACGACGUUUUCCGAUGAUAGCGAAGAUUUACGGGAAAUAGGUGAAGUUUGUUCUUCCAUUGAUUGGGAUACCAAAUACGCGUCAACCGACAGUUGGGAUUAUGCAUUUAGCGGUGCUCAUGGAGUGUGUGUUCAUGAUUGCAACAACUAUCUAUUUGCGUCGUUACUCGAUAAGAUCAAGAAAGAUUUUGAGAAUCAAAUGAUUUCCAAGAACUGCCAGUCGGUUGUUGAUGACAUUAUGAGGAACAUGUAUACUAUAACACCAGUCAAAAUACAUCAACAAUCAAUCAUUGUGAUUAUUCCAAACAAGUAA